GGGCUGGCCUGCUGCCUACUGCUGCUGCUGGGGGGCUCGGGGGGCCUGGGGAGCCGAGGGACGCCACGGGGGCCCUGGGAAGAGGAGCAGGGCCCCAUGGCGGAGGGGGGACCGUGGGGCAGGGCAAGGUACGAAGCCGUGAAGAAGCACUUGGGAGCUGUGGGUGCUCUCUCCAAGCAGUAUUGGCAGUUCCUGGCAUGCAAGGUGUGGCAAGAGGGCUGCAAAGAGGAGGAGGAAGAGUCCAGCCCCGGCCCAGGCUGGAGCUUGCCUGUGGUGGGCCAGGAUUACCUGGAGAUCCUCUCUGCCUGGUACUGCAGCUUUGGCAAGUGCUGCAAGACAGGAGACUGCAGGAUAGUCAACAAUAUCACAGGGCUAGAAGCAGACCUCAAUGGGCAGCUCCACGGGCAGCACUUGGCCAAAGAAGUCAUCGUCCGGGCGGUGCAAGGGUUCCUGCAGAGCCCACAGCCGCAGAAGGCUCUGGUUCUCUCCUUCCAUGGCUGGUCCGGCACAGGCAAGAACUUUGUGGCCCGGAUGCUGGCCAGUCACCUGUACCGGGAUGGGCUGAAGAGCGAGUGUGUCAGGGUGUUCAUCUCGCUCUUCCACUUCCCCCAUCACAAGUACAUGGACUCAUACAAGGCUCAGUUGAAGAAGCAGAUAAGUGAGACUCUGCAGCUCUGCAAGCAGUCCCUGUUCAUCUUCGAUGAGGCAGAGAAACUUCAUUUCAGCCUCCUGGAUGCCAUCAAGCCUUUCAUGGCUCGCUAUGACAACAAGGGCCAGGUGGAUUACCGGAGAUCCAUCUUCCUCUUCCUCAGCAAUCUCGGUGGCAACACCAUCAAUGAGGUAACCCUGGACUUCUGGCGAGCUGGCCGGGCACGGGAGGAGAUCUCCAUGGAGUUCCUGGAGCAGCAGCUGCGGCUGGAGCUGCUGGAGCCUGCAGAGAAUGGUUACGCCCGCAGCCACCUCCUCGAAGAGAACCUCAUUGAUUUCUUCGUGCCGUUCCUGCCCCUGGAGUACCACCAUGUGAAGCUCUGUGCGCGGGAUGCUUUCCUGGCCCGUGGACUUCCAUACACUGAGGCAGCCCUUGAUGAGGUGGCCGGGAUGAUGGUGUUUGUCCCCAAAGAAGAGAAGCUUUUCUCUGCACAGGGCUGCAAAUCUGUAUCCCAGCGCAUCAAUUACUUCCUUCCUUGAACACCAGGUGGGACUACACCAGUGGUGAAGGUGGUUCUGCACACUAGGAGCAGAAGGUCAGGCAAGCAGGUUACCCAGCCAUGCACUUGCACAGGGACAGAGACUUAACCCCUUGUUACUCCGAGGGCU